AUGUCGUACCCAUCUUCUUCCCGCCGUGGGCCGGCUGGUCCUCAACACCUCAGCGUCCGCGACCCGCGGGCACAACCUCGCUCAUUCACACCAUCCGACGAUCCGUACGGGUUCGACUCUCCAAUUCCACCAGAGGACGGUGCGCAUACACCCAUUCGUCACGAUGGCUCCCACGCGCCCAAUGGAUAUGCUACACCUAAUUCUGGCGUGUCCGAAGACUUCAAUGUCGAUGAUCCCGCGCCCACACCAUACACUCCCUACAACCUGAAUAACACUCGAGCUCGCAACUCAAAUGCUACGCUCGUAUCCACUGCGAGUCAGGACUUCUUUGGCAUGGAGACCGCCAUGCAGGAGCACCCGGACCGCAGGCCGAACUCCAGAAAUGCAGGCCGGGAUUCGCGGCUGGGACGCUUCGGCGGAGUGUUCUCACCGACUGCUGCGAUGUGGGAAGCCGGCGCGAAUCGCGACCGGUACAAUCGACUCAGUCGGCAACUCAACUCAGCGAUCUCGCACGCGCCAGCGAUCCCCAAUGUUCGUCUCAACACCCUGGACAAGGUGUCCGAAGAGAAGCGCAUCGCUGAUCCCGAGACGGAGCAGAAGAAGAAGCCUCUGCGAACCAAGAAAACGAAGCGUUUCUGGCUCAUCUUCGCCGCGCUGAUGGGCGUGACUUGCUUGACUGCUAUCGACAUGUCCAUCAUCAGUACUUCCUUGCCAACCAUCGUCGCGCAGCUUCCACAGUCCAGAAUUCCAGCAACUUGGAUCACGUCUGCUUUCUUGUUGACAACGACCGCAUUUCAACCGUUCAUGGGUGGCCUCGCAGAUGUCGUCGGUCGCAGAAACUCUCUCGUCACUGCAGUGGUGCUCUUCCUGGUCGGAUCUCUCAUUUGCGCUCUCGCCAAGGAUAUGCUUACGCUCGUCGCGGGCCGUGGCGUUCAAGGUGUUGGCGGUGGUGGUGUUCAGGCAAUCGCAGAAAUCGUUCUCUCCGACUUGACCACCCUUCGAGAACGUGGCCUGUACGUUGGUCUAAUUUCGCUCGUUUUCGCCGUCUCGACCUUUAUCGCUCCAGUCCUCGGAGGUGUCUUCUCCGAGACCGACUGGCGAUGGAUCUUCUGGAUGAAUCUGCCUCUUGGUGGAGUGGUACUAGCUAUGAUCAUCCCGACAAUGAAGUUGCACACACCUCCGAUGCCUUGGAAAGAGAAGCUCCACCGUAUGGACAUCCCUGCCAACUUGGUACUCUUUGGCUCGGUCAUUGCACUUCUCAUCGCCAUCACGGAAGGUGGAGUUGAGCAUCCUUGGGGCUCGGCUAGGAUUAUCGGACCUCUUGUUGCCGGUAGCGUUGGUAUCGCAAUCUGGCUCGCUCUGGAGUUCAUUCCCAACCGUUUCGCUCCAGAUCCCGUCCUGCCUCUGCGUCUAUUCACCAACAUCACCGCUGGAACUUGCUUCUUCAUGACGUUCAUCCACGGCAUUGUGACUUACGGUGCUACGUACAUCCUGCCAGUCUACUUCCAGUCCAUUAAGGGUGCCAAUCCUCUUCGGUCAGCCAUCGAUAUCUUCCCAUCAACUGCUCCAGGACCGAUUGCUGCCAUCAUCGCUGGUAUCGUGAUGGCUGUGACGGGCAAGUACAAAAUCCAGAUCGCCUUCUGGUGGGCCACCAUCCUCCUUGGUGUCGGGCUUAUCCUCCAUUGGGACGUCGACACUCCCGUCUACGAGUGGGUCAUUAUUCAGCUGGUUCCCGGCUUCGGUGUUGGCGCCCUUUACGCUCUCACUCUACCGCCAAUCCAGUCGUCCUUGCCCGUGGUCGAGUUAGCACAUGCGACCGCUACAUUUGCAUUCUGCCGCAGUCUCGGAUCCGUCUUUGGAAUCGCGUUCACGACCACUAUCUUUGUGGCGCAGGUCGAUCCGAAGCUCGCUGCCAUUCCAGGUGCAGCUGAAGCAGGUCUCCGAGGUAGCACCGCCCUUGGGUUCGCGACGGAGCUGCAUCGCCUCCCCGCUGAGCUGCAGCCACCAGUGAUCGACGCUUUCAUGUCCGCCCUUCGCUCGGCCUUCUUGCUCCUCGUGCCGUGUGCGGCCAUCGGCCUCAUUGCUUCGUUCUUCGUCAAGGAAUUACCGCUUCCAGACUUCAACGAGUCGGACUAUGGUAUCAAUGAUGGCACCAACCCAAACGCAGUCUUGGCCAACGCGGAGGUCGCUCAUCAAGCCGAAGAGGGCCUUGUCACGGUCGAAAAGAUGCCCAAAGCACCUGAGCGCUCGCUUACCAAGGGUUCGCAGCCGCCACCUUCGGACAGCCCGUACAGCCCUUACAGCUCCAGCGGCAAGUUCGGUAGAAGCCCCUCGUUCGAUCACGGUAGCAGCUCCUCUCCUGAUACCAGCUCGCCUACCGGGUAUCCUAAAAGCACGGAGCGACGCAUGUCUACGAGCGAAGCAUACAAGAAAGCUCAAGCGGCUCUGGCCCACGCUCAGCCGCCAAAGCCUCGUCACGUUCGUCGUCGUUCCAGCAGACUGAGUCUGUACGGUGACGAUGAGAACGAAAAGGAAGCGCAUCACGCCCUUGCAAGCUUGCGCGACGUGGACCGCGCUCGCAAAGAAGCUGCGCGUCAAAGCGUUAGGAACCCAGAUGGCACUUGGCUUGGCACUGUGCAAAAUGACCCUGCCGGCACCGGGGCUGCUGGUUUCGGGGACUUCGACUAUGGCGUUGAUGACGACGACGACUAUGACUGGCGGCAGGGUCGCCGCUAA